GGAGGAAGUGGAUGUUUUGGAAAAGGUUGAGAGCCAAACUGAAACUGCCGUUAUCGAAAAAUCCAAAGUUGUGUCCAGGACAGAAAAGUCUAAGAAAGGUGCUGAUAAUCAGACUCCAUCUGCAACACAACAGUCAGCUCCAGAACCAACCGAUGAACACUUGGAGGAUGUGGAGGGAAACAUUAAAGAAGAAAAGCUGUUAGAGAACACUGAAACUAGUCAGACACAAGACAUGAUUGCCACAGCAACCGAAAGACCAAUUUCUGACAUAAUUAGGGGUGCUAAUAUAGAGCCUGAAGGAGAAAAGACAAUUGAGACUACAGAUGUGAAGGAAAGUAAGACUAUGCCAUCUAAAAGAAAGCCAAAGAGUCCAAAAGUGUCUCCAGUACUUCCUUAUAAAGAGGAGAGUCAUACCAAACAAGACCAAGAUAAUCAGACGAGUAAUGCUGCUGUUGUGGUAGAAGGUAAUGUUAAACCAAGCCGGAGGAGGUCAAAGAAAGGUUCUGGAAGUCCAAAACCAUCUUCCAUGCAGGAGGUUGCUCCAGGAACAUCUGAAACCAUUUGUUCUGAAAGUGGAAAGUUGUCAACCACUAAAAGAAAACCAAAGUCCAUGAAAGUUUCCCCAGACAUGAUGAGGACUGAGAGAGGGCCUGAAAGUCAGAGGGCAUCUUCAGAUUCAGAAAAGGUGGCACUAGAUAUUAUUUUAAUUGAAAAAGGAAAACUGGCUUUGACUGUUCCCACAGAACCUGAUAAUGUUGAUAGGAUGCAGGCAAAAGAGGUGGAUGACCCUCAUAAGCUAUCAUUGCUAUCAACAGCUGAAGAUAAGGCUGGUGUGAUUGAGAAAACAAGUAUGUCAUAUAAUAUUGCGGUUUGUGGUGAUCCAGAAAUGAUCUCUUCCUCUGACAGACCUGAAGAUUUUGAGAAAGUUUCUGAAAGAGUGAAUUCUGUCAUAAAUAUAGAGGAUGUGAAAGAAAAAGCUGAGAUUUUAGAGGACUUAGAGAUUUCUAUAGUUUCAAAGACACCUUCAGAUGCCAAAGAAGCUGAAGAGGAACCUGAAUGUGUCUGGUGUGCUGAAGUUGCCACAGAUAAGUCUGAAACUGCAAUCAUACAAGGGAAUACAGCUCAAGAAAUUCUCCUCGUGACUGAAACCAAGCCUUCUGUCAUGGAUGUUGUUGAACCAUCUAGCCCUCAGUCAGAAGAAAUUGAUGGAAAUUUUGAAACUGCAUCAUAUAAUCUGAUGCCUGAAUAUGAGAUGUCUGUACAGGUUGAAGACAAUAUUCUUAAAGUUCCAGAGCAGAAAAUAACAACAAUCAUUCUUGCAACAACUGAGGCGUCUGUAGAAUCUGUGGAACCUACUUCAAUUGCUGUAUCUAGAGUUGACCUUACAGAGUCACAAAAACAAGACAUACCAGAAAAAAGCCUAGAGCAUCCUGCAUCUGUGUCUAUAGAACCUCAAGUAGUCUUACAAGAAUCUGAAGUAGAAAAAUCAAAUGUAUUAGCCGUAAUAAGCAAAGCCAAAAUCUGUGACAUUCCAGAGACAGUUGACAUCCUCGAAAGAGCUGCUAAUGUGGAUGUAACAGAUUGUAAGGAAGACCUGCACCCCAAUAAACCUGAGGGUCAUAUGGAUAAGACUGGUGUUAAAGAAAUUGAAAUUGUCGGUGAACCAGAUCAUGUCAAAGAUCUUGCUGAAUUCAUAGUACCUAAAGAAGAGAUUCAAACUCUCAUCACCAACAUCAUUCCUGAAGGUGAAAUAGUUGAUGUUCAUGUAGAAGAAACAGAACAAGUGUACACAGUUAUUGUCAACAAACCUGAGAGUAUUGAACAACUAGUGGAAACUGUGACUUUGCCUUUGACAGUUUCUUUGCCUGUUUCAGCAUUCUCAGAAUCACAUGAAACUAAAAAUGUGUCUGAAAAGGUUUUAGAACAACCCAUCACCCUGUCUAAAGAUUCUCAAACUACAGAACUACCGCUGUACUCCAAGCCGACAGAUGCCCCACAUGGAGUAGAUUACAUCAAUAAUCUAUGGAGUGACACAACUGAGGUUCAGAAAAGAUAUGUGGUACUUGACAUGCCUGGUAUUGCAACAUCCAAGACAUAUGAGAUAAAAGUUCAGCACUCUAAAGAUGAGGAAACAGAAAGGAUCACAUCUAAGCAAAAAAUAAUUGAACCCAGUGAGUCCACUAGUCAUGUUAGGAUUGUGGAUACCACAGAAGAAAGAGGAAAACCAGACAUGGAAUGUGACUCUGAUCAAGCUAUUACAGCUGUCACUGGAGCUGAGAUAUAUCCAGCCGAGCAGGACACAGUAAAACUCAGCCCAACAGUCAUUCAUUUGGAGGUCCUAAAAAGCAAGCAGGAAGGAGAACAAACUGAAUCAUCUUCAUCUGCUGCAAAAGAUUUACUAGCAACACCUGAUGAAAAGGGCAUAAAGAUCCACAUGGGUCCUGGACUAGCCAUUUUAAGACUUGAUUUAGAAAACAUAUCUGCAAUGGAGCCAAAAUUUAACAUUGUUGAAACAAGUCUACAACGUGAACCUGGAGAGCCUGAAGAUAAAUCUUCUCCUAAUGUUAGGUCUGCUGGUGAAAUGAGUCAAAUAAAGGUGCAAGUGAGCAGAACUGAACAGCCUUACAUAGAUGUAAUAAGUGACAUGAACAAACCAUCCCAGAGCUCAGAAGAAAAGUCUGUUACAAUUGAGAAAAUUCAAGUUGGUCCUGAAGUGCGCAUACUACAGUUGGAUAUAGAAACAACAACAGAAGAACCAAGAGUAAAAAUUCAAACAUGUAAAAAGGAUAAAGAGAUACAAGAAGCAAGCAUAGUUUCUGAUAUAGAGGCCCAGGGAAUGACAGUUGGCACAGCUGAGUUGCAAGAAAGUGAACCUGAAAGGCCAAAGAAUGAGGAUUCUGCUGAACAUAUUGAAUCAUCACAACUGUGUGACAUAGAGAAAGAAUUCAUAGAAAUCAGCUUAUUUGAGGAAGAUGCCCUAAAACCAAGGCAGGGUGAUGUUAUGACUUUGAAAUCCACAGAAGAUACAACAGCAGAAGUAAAAGAAGUUAAAGUGGAAGAAGAACCUUUUGAGGUAUCAGCACAAUCAGCCCUUGAUUUGGCUGAAAACAAGAAUGAAAAAAUGGAGAUAAUCAAUCUGGAACAUGAAGUAAAUGAUUUAUAUCUUGAUGUACCGGUGACCAUUGAGGAGCAGAAAAAUGGAUUUGUCCUGUUGACAAAAACACAGCAAAAAGAGGAAGAGAACGUAGUUGAGGUUGAUUCUACUGAGCCAUCUUCAACUGAUGUAGCAGUUCUGCCAUAUGAAGCAGAGACAUCAACAGUAAUUAGCUCAACUGAACAGCACAUAAAGACUUACCUAGAUAAAAUACCGGAUGAAGUGGUUGAAGUUUCUGCUAAAGAUAUUCACGAUUCACUUCAGAAAUGCAUUUCUGAACCAAAACAGUCAUCUGUUGAAGAGCAAACAGGUAUCACAAGUGAAAAUGUGCUGCAAGAUAAAGGUAAAACUACAGGAAAAACCAGCGUUGAGAUGACUGUGGUGAAUGUGACUACUGAAAACAACGAUGUGGAUGUUUUAGACAACAAAUCCACAAUGGCAGUAGAUCAAAGCUUUCCAGAAUACAAACAAUUGGAUAAAAUGUAUGUUGUCCUUGAGGAGAUGAGGUUUUCUAACAAGAUGAGUACCGACGAAAUGGAGCAAAUGCCUCAAAGUGAUUCAAUUUUAGCAUCUUCAAUUGGACCAACGUCAUUUUCCCAAAUUACCAUAACUAAGGCUGAGACUGAUCUGAGGCACAGUCAAAACACUAAAGAUGAUGUUCCUGAUGCUCCCCAGAGCCCCGUGGAAAAGGUAGCCUCUAUGGAGAAUAUUUUGAAGGGGGAGGAAGAAUUAAAGAAGGAGGAAGACGGUUUCAGGAUAGAAAAUUUAACUGAAAAUAAAGAGCUGACUACACCUAAGGCAUCUGUUGAGCUAAAGCAGGUCAUUACUGAAAAGGAAGGUGGCAAAGCUCAGCAUGACUCCAGCCAGACCAGUUCUGAAACAGACCAUGUUAAACUAAGCCAAGAGGAAAAACUGACCAAUGUCACAUCAGAGAACAAAAAGAGUGAAGAUCUUGUCCAAAAAAGACCUGCUGCCACUAUUAAAAACAAACCAGUGCUUGAAUCUGGGAUCCAGUUUGAGACAGUUACAGAAACCUUUGAGGUAAUAACCAUGGAUAUUCAGCCUGACAAUUUUACAGAAGAAGAAAAGACAGAUGAACAGACUGAUUUUAUGGCUGGACCCAGUUUUGCUGACAAACCCACAAUUAAUGGAACAGAAAAGGAGAAGGGGGGCAAAGAUAAAGAAAGGGAAGAGGAACCCAAGGGACAGAUUCAAGAACGAGAAACAGCAGCUCCCACUGGCGAAGACAACCUCGAAGUCUUUGAUUCAUCAAAGGUUUUGAUGCCGAGUGAAACUGAAAUGAACAAAGACACAAGGGAAAACGUCAUGGAUUAUGGACCACAAGCAGAGUCAGCUAGCACUUCUACACAACAAUUGCAGAUGUGCGUUGAUGAGGAGGUUUCAACAGCUCACAAACCAUUAGGUGAGUCUUUCCUGGCUGAAGUCAUGCAGUCAGGAGGCUCACCAGCUAAAGGAAACAAAGAAGAACAAAGCCUUAUGUCAACUGAGGCACCUGGAUGCUUCACCCUGAGGAAUAUCUUUACAGAAAUGAAGCUACUGGCAGUAAAAGGAGCCCGAAAUCAACUUAUUAAGAUUAAAUCACAGCACGAGGCUCCGGAGAGCUUGAUCACUUCCACCAGCAACGAUGUGGAGGCAUGUCUCAACAGACUGGCUGCACAAAUCCUGUGCUACAAGAACCAAUCAGCUGAUCUCAGUCCAUCAGCAAUGGCACAGCAGUUGGAAGAGGCUCAGCAGUGCAAACAAGAUAUCCAGGACCAGGUGUCAUUCCUCUCCAAGCUAAGAGGAACUGAUGCUGAAGACCAGGAUGUGUUAGAGAGACAAUGGAAUGUUGCUGCUCAGGAGGCAGCUGACAUCAUCCAGAUUAAAGAGGAACAACUUCAACUGGUCACUGAUUACUGCAAACGAAUCCAAACAGCCAGAGACACCUUGGAAAAACAAAAAGUAGAACUAGACACUGUGAAAAUGUCUCCUGAACAUAGCAGCUCCAAAGAGGCAGAAAAGCUGUCCUCUUUACAGAACAACAUGGAGCAGAACUGGCCAGUAUUUAAAGAACUGCAAGUGGCCUUCUCCAAGUUGAGCCCCUACCUCAGUCAUUCUGAGCAAGUCUCUGUACAAGCUGAGCUGAAGGACUUGCAGAGGAAGUGGAGAGACAUGGAAAGAGCCAUUGAGAAAAGCCUUCAUCACACAAAUGUCCAUCGCCACCAGAUCUGUAGCCUUCAGGCACAAAUAAUUGCCCUUCAGGAAUGGUUAGAUGCACUUGACAGAGAUCUGAGCGCCAUGUCUCUUUCAGCAACACAGUGGAAUUGUAAGACGGCUCAGCAGCUGAUGGAGGCAAAUGCAGAAGUAAAGUCUGCACAGCAGACAUACGUCCAACUACAGGAGUUUUCAGAGCUUCUUCUUCUCAGCUCACAAUGGGAGACAGAAACUACUAAAAUACAACAGAGUCUCCAGAACAUCAAAGAUAAACUUGAUCAUACAGAAAAAAUUGUGUCUAGUCAAAUCCAGACCAGCAGCAACCCCAUCAUGGAAAAGAUCAUUGUUGUGAUGAGGGAUGGACUUAUAUGGGCUAAACAAACUGAGAGUGAUAUUGAAAGCAGAAGACGGAGGGUAGCCCUCCUCCCUGAAGAGGUUCACCAGCAGCUCCGAGAUUUAAAAAAGCUCCAGUCUGAGGUAAUGGGAAAACAGUGCCAAUUGGAGGCACUGGUGGAGGAGGUGACAGAGCUCCUCCCACAGUUGGACCAAGAGGAAGAGGUGCCAAUGGUCCGUAUUUCUCUUCAAACCCUCACUCAACUCUCACACUCCACUACUGAUAAACUGGCUGUUGCUGUACGAGAAUUAGAGUCAGGAUUACAGACCAGAGAGAAGAUGUCAGAGCAGAUUGCUGACCUUGAUUCUUGGGUAGUGACUCAUCUGCACAGAGAUGCUUUCAGAAGUGAAGAAAGUGAGUUUAGAAGCCCAGCAGAACAGGAUCGGAGGGUCCGUCAGGUGCAGGAGACACUGACUGAGGCUGAUAAACAAGCUGCUGUCUGUGAGGCUUUGCUGAUUAAAAGCAAAGAAAUCUCUUCUGAACUCAGCAUCUCAGAGAACUGUCAGCUUUUUGAAAGGAUCACCAACCUCCGGGAGGACAUUGGAUACAUUAGAAGCAAUGAGGAGGUCAACAAGAGGGAGCUGGAAAAAUUCAUUUACACAACAACUUCUAACAAGAAAACUUUGGACAGCAUUGAGCAGAGCCUGAGGCAGAUGUUAGUGGAUCUCAGCAGGCUCCGGUUUCCAAUCACAGCAGAGACAUUGAAACCAUUAAAACCUUUCAAAAAUUUGAUUCGGGAGCAUAAGACACAGGUUGAUCUCUCACAAUCUUGGAUUUCACAGGAAAAGACACAGCAGCUAAACUUGGUCAUCUCAGAAAUCUACACUAAAAUAAUCAACCUGGAAAGAAAAGCCAGAGACCAUGAAAGGUACCUGCACAUGAGGCAGUUUGUGGAGGAACUCAGGGAGGAACUUCAAGUUCAGGUUCGUCACACUAAAGAAGAGAGCAAAUCUCCUGAGGAGAACUACAACAUUUGUCAGACCCUCAUCAUCAAGAUUUAUCUUGUCAAGUGGUUUUUUGAGGAGGCCAACGCUGAACUUCAGGUGAUUUCUGCUGACCUUUACCCAUCUCAGCUGUGUGAUGAAAAACAGAGGCUUAAAGAUAGCGAGCAGAACCUCAACACCAUGAAGAUAAUGCUCUGCAACAACCUUAGCAUCAUUGAGUGGGAUCUUUUGAAGGAGCUGGACCUUGAGUCAGUCAGGGAAGAUGCUCAAUCUUCUCUCUUUAACAUCCAGCAGCAGCUUCAGGCACCCAUCAAGAUGGAGCCAAACGAAACCGCGAUCAGUGAGGAAUAUCAGAAACUUAUGAUUCUGAAAAAGACUCUUGAGUCAAGAAUGAGGGCACUGGAGAUUUUGGAACAGAGAAAGGGAAGCAGAAAAGAUGGAAACAAGGAUCUGAUUUCUUUAAAAAAUGAAGUCAUCAGUGAAUGCGAUUCAAAAAUGGAACAUGUUCUCAAGGCUAGAGAGACUCUCAGAAGUUACACUUGUGCUGUCAGAAGAGCCCUGCUGUUCCUGUGGGACAUUGAGAUCUCUCUGCUACCACCUUAUGGCUCCACUGCAGUCUGCGCAGACAGACAGAAGGAGGUCCAGAAGGCUUUGUUGACAUUGCAGCAUCAAUUCCAGACAUAUGUGGAGCAGCUCCAGAAUCAGUUUGAGUUGCAUCCACUGCUGUGCCCUGUGAAGGUGGAGCAGCUUCUAGAGACGAUCUUGAGUCAGCUCCUGGUCAGGAUGUCCACUCUGGAGGCUAAGGGACAUGUCCAGCUGGACCGUCUCAGCAGAUGUGCUGAACUUUACAAUACAUAUGUGAAGAGCCGAGAUGAAAUCCUGCAGAGUUUGACAAAGGCAGAAAACAGCUUACUGCAGUUUAUAUCUCAGAAACCGACCAGUCUCUCUGACUGCACUGACCAUGAGGCCAAAGUUAAAGCUCUGUGUGAGGAAGAGGAGUCUCUGCUGAGGCGCCUGGACCAGCUGAGAGAAUGGUGUCAGGAACCAGGCUGUAGAAAAGUCAGAGAAGCCACGAUGACGUCCAUCUGGAAGCGAACUUGGAGACUAUGGCGAUGCACCUGGGAGCUGACAUUUCGAAGUAAACAGAGGAUCACUGAGUGGAGUGAUGUCACCAACAGUGUAAGGAAGGCAUCAGCUGUCCUGGACCAGGUGGAGGCGGAGCUUCCUAAUAAGUCACAGUUGAAGGUGUCUACUGAGGAGCUUAAUGACCUUGUCCAGUCCUGGGAACAGUAUCAGGACAGACUGGACUGUGAGCACCGCUCACUGUCAGCGCUAGAACUGCGAGCUGCAAGGAUGCUUGGAGUCCCCGCCCACCUUGAAGAAGCCCCUCCCACUCCGCUCUGCCAGCAGCUACAGUCUAUGCAGGGCAGAUAUGGCAGUGUGAAGCAGCAGAGCAGAGAGGGUUUGGAGGCAGCCAGGUCAGAGCUGGUGCAGAGAGAAAAGGUUCAGGAGGAGCUGCAGAGUGUAAGGGUUUGGCUGGAGGCUGCAGACGGUCUUCUGUCUGAAAUGGAGCGGAGCAACAGCACACAGGAGCUGCAGGAGGUGCACAGCCAGCUCUUCACCCAGAAGGCUUUGCUGCAGCGCAUCAUGGAGAACCUUAAAAUAAAGUACUCUGAUGUAAACACACCUGUGCCAGUGGAAAUCCAAGGACUUCUGCAGAAGGUCCAGCAAUCGAUGCAGCAGGUGGAAGUCAAGGUGGGUGAGGCAGUGGAGAGGAGUGGACCUGUCCAUAUGUUGGGGGCUAAGCUGGCUGAGAUCCGUGCUGGACUAAGGUCCGUUGAGAAGAGACUGGAUCAAAGAAGUCCAACGGUGAUUGAGGCAAAGGUCACUCAGAAGCGAGUGUGGGAUGAACUAGACGUGUGGCACUCCUGUCUAGCAGCCAUUGAGGUGGACAUGCAAGACCUGGAAAAACCUGAAGAGGCUCUUGCCCUCACAGAGAGACUGGGGGAGGGUCAGCAGCUCCACUCUCAACAGUCCAAACGGGCCGAGCAGAGGACCACACUCCUCAGCAAGACUCACACAUGGCUUCAGGAACAUCGGGAGAUGAUCAGCAGCUCCAAGAGCUGGAUGGCUGAAGCACAGUCAUGGCUGGCUGCUCCCUGUGCCUACACUACUGCCAAAGAUCUGAGCAGCCAUGUCCAGUCUCUGCAGAUGGUGUUGAAUGACUCGCAGCAGAUCCGCUCUACGCUGCAGGGCUUCAGUUCAGUGCUGCAGGAAAUGUCGCAGGUGUGUGACAUCACCAACCUCCAGCAGCAGCUUGUGGAGGCCGAUCAGGAAGUGGCCAACGUUCAGGACAGCUUCACCACUCCUUUGUCCCAGCUGGAGCAUGCUGCUGCUGAGGUGGAGGCCAUUGAGAGCGAAGUUAGACGAAUGGAGACUGAUGUUGCAGAGAUAAAGACUUUGUUAUCAUCUCCAGAAACUUUUCCUAGUCCCAGAGAGGAACGUCUGAAGGCGGUAGAGCAAAGGAUCCAGUCCAUGAGAAGAACUGUAGCUGAGAUCCAGAAGUGUAAACCAGGACUUUGUCUUCCAGACAAAUCUGAAGAAACUUUAGCUGUCUUUGGUGUCGUGGAUCACCUCCAGACUCUGCUAUUGGAACUGGAAAAGAAGGUGCCUGCUGUGUUCAUCCAGCAGCCCCCGACCCCUGUCCAAACCAAAGCAGUGACAUCAGAGCAAACCUCCACCAUUGCUACUUCUGAGACGCUGAAAACCACUGUGGAGGAGGCCGAGAAGGAGGAGCCAGAGGGGGGACAGAUCAAAAUCGCUCACAUGAAAGAGGACAUUCUUAAGAGAAGUGGAGCCACACUGCUGACUGUGGAGCAUUCUUCACCAGAGAAGAGAGAGUCCUCGUCACAUGACCCUGCUCAGCAGUACCAGCAUGAAGGCAAGAUUCAGGCUGAAGAAGCUUCAGAGACAGAAACAGACAGUGAGGAGCAGGGAGAUGAAGUAUCAGGAGGAGGAGCAAGAGGAGGAGGAGAAGGAGGGUUUUGGUGGUGGCUCUGGGAAACUUUCCUGGGCACUCGUCCUGAGGAGUCGAAAGCUGUGGUUCCAGCAGAAUCUGAAGCUGUUGAUGAAGAAGUCUCGGAAGAUACAGAAGAAGAGAAACAGGAUGUUCAGGAAACCACUGACACCACAGAAGAGGGUUCCCCUGAAGGAGCUUUUUCUAGACCUCUGGUCACAGUCAGAACCCAGACCCUGCUGGAGAGCAUGGGCGGGUCCCAGACAGAGCCUGGUCCUGGUUCUGGUUCUGAGUCCGCUUCUGGAUUAGAUGAGGAAGUUCUCCAUGUCUGCCUGGAGAGGGCUGAUCAGCUGGAGCUGUGGUUGCAGGAGGCCCAGAGGAUGCUGGGAAAAGCCACUACUGCUAAAGGUUCAGAGGUCAUGCAGGAGAGUCUGGAGUGGCAGCUUCUCAGCUGUCAGGAGAUGUUCCUGGAGAUCGAGCAGAAGUUGGCAGAUCUGUCCUCACCCAGAUCUGGAUCUGAGCCUGGAUCAGUCAGAUCCCAGCAGGAGGCAGCAGAGCUUCUCUCCUCUAAACUAACGCUCCUCAAAGAGAAGCUGGUCUCCUUUCAGCAAACACUGCAGGACAGACAGGAAGUGGAGAAGAGGGCAGAGGUCACAGAGACGCAGAAGUCACAGCGCCCCCUGAAGUCCAGGCUGAAGCGCAGCAGCAGUGUUCAGGAGAUUUUCUCUUCACCCAAAAACAAACUGCUGAGACAGAGCAGCCUGCAGCAGCAGCAGGAGUUGGAGCAUGAGCUGAGUCAACAGAUUGGACUGACACAGGCCAUCAUUGACCUGCAGGGCAGCAGACCUGGACCCUGUCAGGAAUCUCUAGAGCUAAGGUCAACCAGGGCUAAACCUGCUACUGGGCCUGAGGAUGGAGAUGAAGAACAGGAGAAGAAGAAGAAGAAGUGGCUUCAGCUCCACACUGAGCUGCAGACUCUAGUGCUGCGGUUAAGAAGCGUCACCUUCACACCUGAGGAGCUUCAGCAGCAGCAGCAGCAGCAGCAGGUCCGACUCCCUCUUGUAUCUUCAGAGAUGAUGCAGGGACCGUCUGACAGUUCCAGUCUCAGUCUGAAGGUGUCACACUUUCUUCUGUGGACAACUGAUGAAGAUGAUGAUGAUGAUGGUGGGACAAUGAGUUCUGCGAUUGGCUCAAAGCUUCUCACCCAGCUUCAGGGACUAACCAGGCAUCUGGAGUUGCUGCAGGAAGGUUCAGUGGCAGUGUCGCUGGAUGAGGAACUGGACCAGGAUUUGUUUCUGGUUCUGCACAGACUCUUCUUAUAUUUGUCCUCCAUCCAACAUCUCCAACAGUCUCCAGAUGUAGAAGUGACGCUGCAGGACCUGUCAGCAGAACUGUCCACUCUGAGAUGUCACGUGACCUCAUCAGACGCUGGUCCAUUGACAGAGGGCUGUCGUCGGUGUGUUGAAGCCCUGGUCCAGGUUCUUCCCAUGGUCCAGACUGCUGUGAACUGCAGAGAGACACAGAUCCUGAAGUUGCAGCAGGAGACAGGAGAGCAGAAGAGUCGACUGCAGGAGCUGCAUGCAGCCUUUACAUCUAACUGUCAAAUAACCAAUGAGCAGAGUGGAUCCAUGGACUUAAACCGACAACUCCAGGUGGCGCUGCAGAGGCAGGAGACACUGCAGCUUCAUCUGCAGCAGGUUGACUCCCUGAUGGAGGAGGUGGAGAAACACAACCUGAACUCCUCCAUCAUCCAGCAGGCUGCACAGCUACAGACAGACCUGGACUCCUCUCUACGUGGACUUAAGUCCCACUCCGAGGAGCUGAGGAGCAGCGUGGAGUUACAGCAGCAGUAUGAACGUCUGCUCCACAGCCUCCAGGAUCUUCUUGUCCAAGGCUCUGAACAUCUCACACGGCAAGAGACCAGAGCAGAUGGUGAGAGGCUGAGGAGCAGAGACGAUCUUCAGCAGAGACUCAGGAGACACACGACAUUUUUCCAGUUCUUAAGUCACCACUAUGAAACCCUGCAGUAUCUGACCUACAGACUCCCUGACAGCGCCCUCCACAGGUGGAGUGGUGCGUUGACAGAUCUGCAGGAGGAGCUGCAAUGUCAGGUGCAACACGGACUGGAGGAGGGAGCCAAGAUGGAGCAAAUGUUAGAGGUGUGGACACAGUGGGACAGUGACAGCACCUGGGCUGAGUCUCUCCUGAAAGAGAUCGAUACCUUAUUUACCAAAAUGCAUCAGAAGAAAGACACAAAGGAAAUCUCCUCCAGCCUCCAGGUUCUGGCCUGUGUUUUGGAGCAGAACCAGGACCGGUUCAGUCAGAUGCUGGAGGUGGGGCUACAGCUGCAGUCCUUAGGCUGCAAGGGAGUAGGUGUCGUCACUGGUCAGCUGAGGGCACAAUGGAGAAUCCUCCACGUCAGGAUGGACAGUGAACGCACCAUGUUCAGUAAAAUCAGAAAACUGAGAUGCAGGUUUGAUGUAGAUUCUGCUCUUCUGUCUGGAUGGAUGGACAAGACCAGGGUUCAGAUCAGAGACUGCAGUCACUUCACUCACACGGUCAGUCAGCAGAUGGACACAGACCACAGUGGGCAGCUGUUUCUCCAGUGUGUGGCCUUGUUGAAGCAGUUUGAAGCCCACUCUGACCUGAAGGUGGCAGUGAUUGCUGUUGGUUCUCAGCUGGUCCAGUUGAUGGAGUCAGGUGGAUUCACUUAUGCUGUUUGGGAGACAGACGAUCAGACCUCAGCCCCACAGCUGUCCUCAGUCCAGUCACGGCUUAGACAGAUGGAGGAGGACUGGUCCAGUCUGUGGACUCAACUUUCUGUCCUUCAACAAACUCUGCACAAGCUAUGGAUGAAAACAUUGACCCAGCAGGGGGCAGUAGUGGAGCUGCAAAGCUGGCUUCAAUUUGAGUCUCAACUGAAGGACAAUUGCAUGAGAAUCCACCAGAAGUCUUCAACUAAAGCUGAGUUGUUAGAGCUGCUGAAGUUCUGCAAGGAGUGCCAGGUGGACUUGUCAGCCCAUAAGUACACACUGGAAUAUGUAAACCUGCCACUGCAGACAUGCAGUACCAAUGUUGGCCACAUAGGACGCUACCAACACAACCAGUUUGCAGAAGAGCAGGGUCAUCUUAACCACCUGUGGCUCAGCUUUGAGGAAAAACUCAACUCUCAGAUCCAGAAAACAGAGCAGGAUUUGAAGAAGAGAACAGAGCUGGAGAAGCAACUUCAGCACAUUAGGAGCUGGAUCACAGACCAGAACCAGUGGAUAGACUCGGCUCAGAGAUCCAGCAGCAGAACAGAGGUGGAGCAGAACAUCACCACCUGCAAGGCUCUGGAGGAGAAGAUCAGGAUGAAGACCUCUGUCCUACAGGAGCUCAGAGAGAAGGGAAGUGAUUUUACCGCUCUGGCAGAUAAAUCCUUGGAGGCCUGUGUCGCUCUGACCUCACAGAACAACUCACUGCUGCAGAGGCUGCUCCACUCUCAGCAGCUGUGGGACUCUGUGGAGAACAGCCUGAGUCACAUGACACGCAGAACAGCCAGAACAUCACAGACUCUGGUUGUUCACAGUGACCCACAGCUCCACCUACAGGCCCACAGGGAGCUACACCAACAACUACAGCAUCUUCACGAACAGUCAGAAGCUGCAGAUUCUGAGUGGAACCAGCUGAGUCAGCUCAUCUCCUCCCUCUGUGACAUCAUCAGACCCUCUGCUGCACUUCUCCUCAAAGAGAGGCUGGACAGACAGAGACACAGCUGGACGUUGGUCUCAGCAGAUCUGCUCCGGCGCCUCCAGAGGAGUCAGGAGAUCCUGCAGGAGUGGGAGAAGUUCUCAGAUCUGUCCAAGUCUUUGUCCCUUCAGUUGAAGACUCUCCAGGAGGAAACAGUGUCCACUCUGAGUGAUAAUCCUGCAUACGAUGCCGAGGAGCAGCUCACCAUCAAACUUCAUAAAGUUCAGACUCUCCUCCAGAAGAGUGAAGCUCUUCACUCUGACCUGGAGAUGGUGCUGGAAUCCUCCAAGGCCUUGACCCUUCUCCUGGAGCCAUCAGUUGCAGCUCUGGUCCAAUCAGAGAGCAGACUGUUGUCACGUGGUGUCCUGCAGCUCAACCAGGAGCUGGCACUGAAGAUGGGUCGGCUUGAGGAUGACCUGAAGCAGCUGCAGAACUUCUCUUCAGUCCUGGACUCUUUGGACAGGAACCUGGAGAUGUGGCAGCAGAGUCUGGAGAUGGCAGCCAAGUCUCAGAGGGGGGAUCAGCCUGAGCUGCUGCAGCUCAGCACUCUGUCUGCUGACCUGGAUCUUCUCAACGAGCUGAGCUGCAGCCUGACGCUGGGAGACGAUGCUGCACGACGCCUCAGACACAUCAACCAACGCUGGACUGACACCUCUGCCCGAGCUGAGGAGAUGAGCAGUGAGCUGCAGACUGAGUCCCUGAAGCAGCAGGACUUUCAGCAGAAGUGUCAGGGCUGGAUGUCCUUCCUGCAGAGGAUGGAGGAGAACCUGGCUGUGGACGUGGCUGGAUCUUACUCUGGACUCAGGCAGCAGCUCCGCACACACAAGAGGUUCCAGGCUGAACUGACGACUGGUCACAUGAUCCUCCACUCAGUCAUCGGUGAAGCUCUUCUUCUGCUGCAGAGAGGAGAGGUGGAGGACAGGAGUGACUUCCGGCUGAAACUGGCUCAGCUGAGGCAGCGCGGUGCUACGUGCAGACCAACGGCGCUCCCUGGUGGAAGGUCUACUAAAAAACUGGCACCAGUACAACCGCAGCCUGAAGAAGCUGCAGAGGUUCCUGUCUGA